CUGCUGCAAUGGAUCGUCGGAAGUACACUGGAUCAGUAUUGAUUGGAGUUUACCUGUGGGCGACUUUCUGCUGUCAAGGUUGUCAUGGCGGUAUGUACCAAAGGAAGCUGUACCGUGAACUCAUGGCCAACUACAAUCGGUUGGAGAGACCCGUCCUAAACGACUCAGCGCCCAUUGUGGUGGAUCUGGGCCUCACGCUACUACAGAUCAUUGAUGUGGAUGAAAAGAACCAAGUGAUGAUCACAAACGCCUGGCUGCAGCUGUAUUGGACAGACAUUUACCUUUCAUGGAACCAGACAACUACCCUGGGGUUCAACUUGCGCUUUCCUUCCAACCUGGUAUGGGUCCCAGAUAUCCUCCUCUACAACAGUGCUGAUGAGAGGUUUGAUGCAACGUUCCAUACAAAUGUGCUGGUCAAUGCUUCAGGAGCCUGUCAGUACAUUCCACCAGGCAUCCUGAAGAGCACCUGCUACAUUGAUGUACGGUGGUUCCCAUUCGAUGUGCAGAAGUGUGACCUGAAAUUUGGCUCCUGGACCCACAACGGCUGGCUGCUGGACCUCCAGAUGAUGGACGUGGACAUUUCUACCUACAUACCCAACGGGGAGUGGGACCUCGUAGGUGUGCCAGCUAAGCGUAAUGAGCUGUACUACGACUGCUGUAAAGAACCGUACCCUGAUGUGACGUUCACGGUCACCAUGCGCCGCAGGACGCUAUACUACGGCCUCAACCUGCUCAUCCCCUGCGUGCUCAUCUCUGGUCUGGCCCUGUUGGUUUUUCUGCUCCCUGCAGACUCCGGAGAGAAGAUCUCACUGGGCAUCACAGUGCUGCUGUCUCUAACAGUGUUCAUGUUACUGGUAGCAGAGAUCAUGCCUGCCACUUCAGACUCGGUUCCUCUGAUCGCUCAAUAUUUUGCAAGCACCAUGAUGAUCGUGGGCUUGUCUGUGGUGGUGACAGUCUUGGUUCUACAGUUCCACCAUCACGACCCACAUGCUGGGAAGAUGCCUAAAUGGGUCAGAGUCAUCCUCCUCAAUUGGUGCGCUUGGUUCCUGCGUAUGAAGAAGCCUGGAGAAGAAAGCAAAACAGCUGUGAACUCCAGUAGCCCCCCAACUUACAAGUACUCCCACGCACCUCCUCACCAUACGAGCACCAGCAGCAUUCAGAUGAGCACCAUACCAGGCCAGGCCUCCACCCAGUCCACCACAACCAACGGGAACAUGAACCUCUAUUUCGGCUACCACUCCAUGGGCACAGACAACCCAGCUUUCCCACCGAGCACUGAUUCAGGUGUGGUGGUGUGCAGUGGCGGAGGAGGCGGGGGCAGCCACCCUAACGGCUCUUCCCCUCACGACAUCCAUUCCGAGCAGUCGCGGACAUUGCUGCUGGAGCAGGUUCCAGAAAUUUCCCGGAUCCUGGAGGAAGUGCAGUACAUAGCCAGGCGCUUCCGUGAGCAAGACGAAGGAGAGGCCAUCUGCAGCGAGUGGAAGUUCGCAGCCGCGGUGGUGGACCGGUUGUGCCUGGUGGCCUUCUCUCUCUUCUCCAUCAUCUGUACCUUCACCAUCCUCAUGUCGGCUCCCAAUUUCAUUGAGGCCGUGUCCAAAGACUUUGCAUAA